UCAUAAAGUAGAGAAAAGAGAGCAUAUAAAGAGUGAUUGUUUCCUUUGCAUCAGAGGAAAGUAAUGGGUGUCACAAGCAUGAAUUUGUUAGUAUUUGUCUUGUUUACGUUUGCAUUCAGCGAAAUGCAAACGUUUGCAGGAGCAAAAAUUGACAAUGUGAGCUGCAACUUUCGGAAGAGUCCAUGCUUUACUAAGAAAAUACAAUGCCCUGCUGAAUGCCCUCUUAAAUCACCCUCUGAUCCAAAUGCCAAAAUCUGCUCUCUUGACUGUGCUUCUCCUGUUUGCAAAGCUCAGUGCAAACAAAGCAAACCAAACUGCAAUGGCCGUGGAUCAGCAUGCUUGGAUCCUCGCUUUGUUGGAGCAGAUGGAAUAGUUUUCUACUUUCAUGGAAGAUCCAAUGAACAUUUCACCUUAGUAUCUGAUCCAAAUGUUCAAAUCAAUGCACGUUUCAUUGGCCUAAGACCUGAAGGUAGAACAAGAGAUUAUACAUGGAUUCAAGCACUUGGAAUUCUCUUUGAAUCACACAAGUUCACUGUUGAAGCAACCAAAGCAGCAAUAUGGAAAGACGAAAUCGACCAUUUGAAAUUCUCUUACAAUGGAGAAGAGCUUCAAAUUCCACAAGGUUACCUCUCUACAUGGGAAAUACCAGAAAAGAAAAUUAAUGUAGAGAGAACAUCAAACAUUAACAGUGUUGUUGUUAAUGUUCAAGGAGUUGUGGAGAUAUAUGUGAAUGUUGUGCCUGUCACUAAGGAAGAUAGUAGAAUCCACAACUAUCAAAUUCCUGAUAGUGACUGUUUUGCUCAUUUGGAGGUUCAGUUUAAAUUCUAUGAUCUGUCUUCGAAAGUUGAAGGUGUUCUUGGAAGGACUUACCAGCCAGAUUUUGAGAAUCCGGCGAAGUUAGGUGUGGCGAUGCCGGUGGUUGGAGGGGAAGAUAGAUAUAGAACUCCAUCUCUUCUUUCUGCUGAUUGUGGUGCAUGUUUAUUUGCUUCUGGUGAAGAUUCUGAAAAGAAGAACAAUGUGAUUGAAUAUGGUAUGAUGGAUUGUAGAAGUGUUGCCAACAGUGGGAAUGGUAUAGUUUGUAAAAGAUAAAUGUUUAACGGAUGUUGCAAGUGUGAUAAGAUCUUGUUUUCUGUGUUGUUGUAUCAAAACAAGUGUUCAUCCCAUUUACCUUAAAUAAAAAUUUCUGUGUUUUUUUUUU